AUGGCCCAACGGACAGAUCCUGAUGAACUGUUGAUCGUUCGUGUGAUGCGUGUCUUGACAGAGAUUGGUAUCGUAGAAGAGACGGCGCAUCAAGCGUACACCACCAACGAAGCCACUCGGUUUGAGGUCUUUCCAAGCUCUGUUGCGGUAGUGAAACAUCAUUUCGACUUAGAUUUCCGCGUGGGCGCACAAUUAGUCGACUGUCUCCGCAUCCUGGAGCGCAUCAAAUCUCCUUCUUCCGGCACGUGUAUGGCUGCGACCAGAUGCUCGUACAUGGCAGCCCGACGACUGGUUCAUCAGCCGCAGUUGUUUGAGAUCUACCCGCCGGCGGAAAUGCUGCGCAACAUUCCAUCCGCGGAUGCGGUGCUGCUUGUUGACGUUGAAGGGGGUCUCGGCCAGGAGAUGGAUCUGCCGCUGGCCUUGAAUCGCAUCGAGAAAGUGCCAGAGGGGAUCGAGCUGAUAGCAUGA